AUGGCGCUCCGCGAGAAGUGCGAUUUGGUGCGAUUGAUCAUGCAAUCCAUGUACACGUCGUUGUCUGCGCGUCGUGCUGCAACAUGUACCCACAUGGCUGACUGCACCAGAAGGGUGUACUGCGGUACCGAAGGGGCAAAGGAGGUGGAGUACUUCAGCCAGCACGGCAGGAAGGAACGAUGAACAUCGCGGACAGGAGCUGCGGCCACCUAGGUUGCACAAGCUGCUACCCACAACGAUAUACGCGACAGAGGCAGAGUACCGUGUUCGGCACACCAGACUGCAGAUGGCGUGCGCGAAGUCCGACCGGCCCACCUCAACAAAGAUGACUACUGCAAGGAUUGGUGUACCACGUUACCUUGGAGGGGUCCUUCACGCUCCGAAG